AUGGAUCCAAAGACCGCUGAGGAGUACAACCACGAGACGAAAUACUUUGAUGCCGACCAAUCACCAGAUGGCCGCCACUCCAGUACAGGAGAUGCACUCGCAACCGACCAUGGAGCUGAUACCGACCUCCGUCGAAGCCUAAGCACUCGCCAUCUUACCAUGAUUGCGUUAGGUUCCAGUAUUGGAAUGGGCUUAUGGCUUGGUUCGGGGACAUCGCUAAUAAACGGUGGCCCGGCUGGCAUCUUUCUCGGUUAUCUUCUAUCUGGCGCAAUGAUCUGGUCUGUGGCCCACUCCAUUGGUGAAAUGGCAGUCAUGUAUCCUCUUCCAUCUGCAUUCGUCCAGUGGACAGGGAAAUUUGUUGACCCUGCUGCCGCUUUUGCUCUUGGCUGGGCUUACUGGUUCUCAUUUUGCAUCACCAUCGCGAAUGAACUUGCCGCUGCAAACACGAUUCUGAGCUUCUGGACCGACGUUGUGCCAAUUGCGGCCUGGAUUACCAUCUUCUGGGUGGUCAUCAUCCUGGUGAAUGUCGGUGCUGUGACAGUUUUCGGCGAGGUCGAAGUGGUGUGCAGUACGAUUAAGUUCAGCUGGAUAUUCGUUGUUAUCAUUUCCCUCAUCGUCGUCUCUGCCGGAGGAGGACCACACCAAGAUGCGGUGGGUUUCCGCUACUGGAAUGCCACCCCAUUUACGCAUGGAUUUAAAGGCUUUUUGACUGUCAUGCCUACUUGCAUUUUUGCAAUGGCAGGUUCCGAGAAUUCUGGUCUUGUGGCCGCGGAGACCGCCAACCCACGCAAGUCAGUGCCUCGUGCAGUUGGUUCAAUCUGGAUUCGACUCUCCUUAUUCUAUCUACUUGGGUCUCUCAUGGUCACCAUAACGGUCUCUCCUUUCGACGAAGACCUCUUUGGUGGGGAAGGUACGAAUGCUUCUCCGUUCGUCGUCGCCUAUCGGAAUGCUGGUAUACCCGUCCUGGCACACAUGAUGAACGCCGUGAUCCUUCUGUCGGUUAUAUCUUGCGGGUCGAUUUCAGGAUACGCAGGGGCACGCACCACCAUGGGUUUAGCCUUCUUGGGUAUGGCACCCAAACAACUCAAGACGGCCGAUAAAACUGGACGACCAUGGUAUGGCCUGGUUCCUACUCUGGUACUGGGUGGUGGCCUUGCCUAUCUCAAUGUUGACCACUCCGGUGCCGAAGUCUUUGGAUGGUUCUCCAACCUCACCUCCCUGUUUACUCUGUUUGGUUGGGGAAUGAUUUGUCUAUGUCAUCUUCGAUUUCGUCGAGCUUGGGCAUUACAAGGUCGCGACAAGGCUGAUCUCCCAUGGCGAAGCUGGACAUACCCGUACACAGCAUGGUUCGGAUUGAUAAUGUGUAUCGUCUUGAUCAUCGUCCAAUUUUACCUGGCCAUAUGGCCUCUGGGAGGCCCAUACGGAGAUCCCGAGACCUUUUUUGCUAAUUACGUCUCGGUCAUUCUGAUUUUGGUGUUGUAUAUCGGCGCCAAAUGUUAUUAUCGUGGCCGACGCUGGGUCGAUCUGAGCACAGUUGAUCUGGACAAUGGUCGGAGGUUCUACGUCGACGAAGCCGACAAAGAAAAGGGCGCGAAAAAGGGGUUCAAGGGGGUCGCACAAAAGGCCGUCGGAGCAAUCUUCAAUUAA